AUGACCAGUAAAAGAGAAAACACCCCUCUUCUGUCAACACUCGACUUGGAUUCAACCAAAUUUUAUACAACGAAUGUGACAUUAAAAACCGUGACAUCAAUUACAGGGAGAUAUUACCUAAUGGUCCCUUGUAUCCUGGUCCACUUUUUCUCUUACGUGUUUUAUAAUUUGGUUACUACACAGUAUUUGUACGAUUUCUUUGCGAGAAAACUGAUAGCAAAUGUAACAGCAACGGAAAUUAAUCUUGAUGGAUCCCCAUGUACUAUCGUAGUAGAUUCCUUGUUGUACCACCAGCGAACGUUGAUACAAAAAGACACGACGAAAGCGUCCCUCACUUUUGUUAUAGUGGGUUGUGUCCCAGCUCUCUUCAUGGACGUCAUUAUAGGUGUAUUGAGUGACCGGUAUGGCAGAAAAUUAUUCGUAAUUAUCUCCCUUGUGGGAACGUUAGUUAAGAUAAUAAUGACCAUGGUUGGAAUGCAUUACAAAGUGGAUGUCCACUACUUUUUAGUAUUUAUUGCUGUCGAGGGAUUCGCUGGUGGAUGGUGUGCUGUCAUUUCGCUUGGAUUCGCCUACGUUUCGGAUGUGACGUCAGUAGGCAAAACUAGAACGUCAUCUAUUGCCCUAAUUGAAAUAUCAAUUGGACUAGGUUUAGUAAUGGCUGGUGUCCCUUCCGGUUAUUUGAUCGACGGAGUAGGUUUCGUCUAUGCUAUGAUGGUAUUAAUGUUGCUAAAUGUAAUCAAUAUAUUAAUAAUGUUGUUUUGUCUGCCGGACACGGUAAAUGAAACGAAUUGUGUAAAAGGCAGUUCCCUCAGGCUCUUCAAGAGUUCUUUUACUUUCUACACCCGUGACACAUCCGCAACAGCGAAACGCUGGAAGUACAUUACGUGUAUUGCUAUCUUCAUUUUCUUUAACUUCAGCGCACUCAGUCGUCAAACAAUAGAACAGUUAUACCAACUCAAUGCUCCAUUCUGUUGGAAUGCUGUUAAAAUCGGCUGGUACUCAAGCCUAAGUGACUUGUUGCGCAAUGUGGUUGGUUUAGCCGCCAUCCGAGGUCUUCAGAAUUACAUCUCGGACGAGUUAAUGGUGGUCGUGAGCGCGGUGUCAGGGUGUUUUGCAUAUCUGUUGGAAGCAUUUGCUGUCAAUGAUGCCAUGCUGUUUACUGUGCCUUUGGUUGGUGUAUUCUCCAUGGUGACCGACCCAAUCCUGAGAUCCAUUAUGUCUAGGAUGACACCCUCCGAUAGACAAGGAGCUCUGUUUGCUGGCUUGGCUAUGGUACAGACUUCGUGUACUAUCCUGGUGGAUGUGAUGACCAAGUCUGUGUACCUUGCUACUGUAGACAUUGCCCGAGGUUCAGUCUUCUUUUUGUCCGCAGGAUGUUGCGUCUUCGUUCUAAUCCUCUUUGUGAUAUUCGCAUUGGUGUCAAGGAAGUCGGGAAAGCAAAUGACUUUGAAUGAGUGAUACGUCCUCUUCGCCGUUGUUGUGACAGGAGCGUAUGAUG